UCACCAAACUGCAGUCCGUUCUUUAAUUAGCAGAUUAAAGGGUGAAAGUAGAGAAGAAAAAAGAAGAGAAGAAACCCAAAAAAGAGAGAAAAAUAAAAUGUCUAAAGUUACAAGCUUUUGCAUGAUCGCCUUCCUAGUACUUCUGUUGGCGGCGUCGCAGGUUGUUUCCCGGCCGGUCCCGGCCACCUUCUCCGACGUCACUCCGGUGGACACCAAUCAUGGGGAUAAGAUGGCAGUGAGAGGAGGUGCGGAGGGAAACUGUGGAGGGGAAGGAGAAGAAGAAUGCUUGAUGAGAAAGACGAUGGAGGCUCACAUUGAUUAUAUCUACACACAGAAGCAGAAGCAGCCAUGAUCAAUCACAUUCAUUCUUAAAUAUAUAUAUGAAAAAUUGUAUAAUUUCGUGUGUUUUUUAAAUUGUACCUUACUUUUUGUAAGUUACAUUUUAUGUUUGGUAAGUUGUACUUUUUAUUUCAUCUACUUUAGAGAAAUUUAAAGUACAAUUUUACAAACUCACACGAUAUUGUAAAUUUUUUUUAUAUAUAUAAAUGAAAUUUCAAGUUUAUUGUAUUUGGUGCGUAGUAUAUAUGUCUAUGCAGGCAGGGGCGUCAUGGGUUAAUUAAGUAUUUUCAUUUUAAAUGAAUUAUUAUAUGAUUAUAUUUUCAUAUUAAUUAAGAGCGAAUUAAGAUUUCAGGUACGAAGUUGGAAACUAUAAAAUUUUUGUAUGGUUCUAAUGUCAUAUCAGAGUAAUGUAUGUACUUAUCAUU